UGGCAGUUAGGAGGACAGGUCCUUGAAGGGGCCUUGAUGGGCCGCUGUGAUGACGGGGGCGGGGCUGCCGCGGGGGCGCCCUCCGCGGGAGUUCUUUGGCAUCUCUUGGUGCACGCUGGUACCCGGCCCCUGGGUACGUAGUCUUCCCGUGCGCUGCGGAAUCCGCGGCCCAGCACGACCUGCUGAGGGCUACACGGUUGUGGUGGUAGCUAGCCCUGCUGGCGUUUUCUCCCAGGCUCGACCAUGCCGGCGGUGCUGGGGUUUGAAGGCAGCGCUAACAAGAUUGGCGUGGGAGUGGUGCGGGAUGGCGCGGUGCUGGCGAACCCGCGGCGGACUUACGUCACGCCUCCCGGCACAGGAUUCCUUCCAGGUGAUACUGCCAGGCAUCACCGAGCUGUUAUCCUGGACCUGCUACAGGAGGCACUAACAGAGGCUGGAUUAACCUCCCAGGAUAUUGAUUGCAUUGCCUACACCAAAGGUAUAGCUGGGAGACUGACGAUAGAAGAACAUACCUGGAGCCUGGCUAGGUCAGAAUGGCCUGCUGCUCUCUGCUACCACCACUACACCACUACUCCUGCCCCACCUUUCACAUCCCUUACUUUCCCCAGCUCGGUUUUUCCCAGUGUCUGUAGGAUUCUAACUCCCAUUUCUAUCCCCCUAGGCCCUGGCAUGGGUGCCCCACUGGUUUCUGUGGCUGUUGUGGCCCGUACUGUGGCCCAACUGUGGAAUAAGCCUUUGCUGGGCGUGAACCACUGCAUAGGCCACAUUGAGAUGGGCCGCCUCAUUACUGGAGCCACCAGCCCUACCGUGCUGUAUGUCAGUGGAGGAAAUACACAGGUGAUUGCAUAUUCAGAACAUCGUUACCGCAUCUUUGGGGAAACCAUCGAUAUUGCUGUGGGUAAUUGUCUGGAUCGUUUUGCUCGAGUGCUAAAGAUUUCCAAUGACCCAAGUCCGGGCUACAACAUCGAACAGAUGGCAAAGCGAGGCAAGAAACUAGUUGAGCUGCCGUAUACCGUAAAGGGGAUGGACGUCUCAUUCUCGGGGAUCCUGUCUUUCAUUGAGGAUGUAGCCCAACGGAUGCUGGCUACAGGCGAGUGUACUCCUGAGGAUUUAUGCUUCUCUCUGCAGGAAACCGUGUUUGCAAUGCUGGUAGAGAUCACAGAGCGAGCCAUGGCACAUUGUGGCUCCCAGGAGGCCCUCAUCGUGGGAGGUGUGGGGUGUAAUUUGAGGCUACAGGAAAUGAUGGAGACAAUGUGCCAGGAACGUGGAGCCCGUCUUUUUGCCACAGAUGAGAGAUUCUGCAUUGACAAUGGAGCCAUGAUAGCCCAGGCUGGUUGGGAGAUGUUUCGGGCCGGGCAUAGGACCCCCCUCAGUGAUUCUGGAAUCACACAGAGGUUUCGGACAGAUGAAGUAGAAGUGACCUGGAGGGACUAACAACUUUAACAUGAUCAGAGUAGAUAGUGCCCUAAGUAGAGCCUACAGGAACUUGGACCUUAAUCUCUGUCUGAUCUGGGCACCCUGGUGAGGCUAUGGACUCCUGUCUCCCAUAAUUUGAACCUCAAGUUGAUUCAGCAAUAAAAUAUUGUUGGUUUUGUA